AGGGCGCAUUUUCCAUUCCAAUGCAAACAAUUGGAAGGCUCGAGCUGCAUUGACGUCGGCAUGGCUUGGCCCACCACCCCCAACACAGGAUGCGACACAAACUCUGACCCGUCCAGACGUUGCUACAUGCCCGCCCUCCAUGUGCUCCCACUAGAAUUGGGCAUGUAGUAGUGUGGGGGAACCGCGAGCCAUUUGUCGGGGUGCCGUGGUGGCUGCCCCUCCGGAAUAUCAUGACAGCGGCUCGCGUUGAGUGUCUUUUGUCUCGGCCCCCCAUGUGGGAGGGAUGCCAUCCCCCGUUGGCGAUCAGCUCAGAUCAUUAACUCGUCGGCACCAGCUACCGGCAUCCGCACCCAAAGGCCGCGCACGUAUUUCAUUCGGGCUACGUCUUGGCUGCACAGUUGCAGGCGCCAAAGUACCGAUGUCAACUACCAGGCCCCCUGCUGCCCUUCCCGAGCCUCGAUGCCGCGUCCCCGCCCGCUGCCCUAAUGGAGGCUCCCUCCGUGCUUGUCGGCCCCGUCCGGCAGGAACGUGAGGCAGGGAGCCUUCGGGCGUCCAAUGGCUGCUCCCCUGCUGGGCUCGCACGCCGUCGCUGCCGUAGGGAGGCCCUGUUGGCCCAUCUCCCGAUUUAACCGCCUGCCCUGAAAUGGGGGCCCCUCGUCCCAUGUGGGCGCCUUCCUGUCUAUCCCAAGGAGGCUAAGAUGGUCGCCACGCCGCCCGCCAGGAGACCGCGUAACACGCACCUUGGGGAGAGGGGCCCUUUUUUUUCGUGCCUGACCGCCGCCAUACUCUAAGUGUAUGGAGCAUGUUAAUAUCGACGCAAACUCCCGUCUUCUCUCCCGCAUCUCGCAAUGGGUGCGAUUGGGCUCUGUUGGCCCCGGAGAAACCAAGUCCGUCCUCUCGUCCCUGGCGCCGCCCGGAUUGAACCGUCCGGCGCUUGGCUUGGCCCCGCGCACGUCGCGGUCGGCAGCACCAUGGCGGAGAUUAUAUAAAAGACAGGGCUUCGCUCCGGAGUGCCAGGACAUGUUUCCCAUGCUUCACGGAUAGGAACGCGCAUUAGGCUCUUCUCACCCACCCUUGGGCAAACAUCUCUUGAUUCACCAUGCUUCUGUCAAGCCUCUUCGGCCUCGUGGCUACGGCCGGCAUGGCUGCGGCCGCCCAGCUUCAGCAGAUCCAGAACUGGGGUUCCAACCCUAGCCGGAUUCAGAUGUUCCUCUACGUCCCCGACCGCGUUGCCACGAACCCUGCCAUCAUAGUCGGUCUCCACCCUUGCGGCGGCAACGCGCGCCAGUGGUUCUCGGGCACGCAGCUGCCCCGGUACGCGGACCAGAACGGCUUCAUCCUGAUCUUCCCCGGCACGCCGAACCAGAGCAACUGCUGGGACGUGCAAAACGCGGCCACCCUGACGCACAACGCGGGCGGCGACGCGCUGGGCAUCGUGGCCAUGGUCAACUACACCAUCACGACGUACAAGGCGGACCGGUCGCGCGUCUACGUCAUGGGCUCGUCGUCGGGCGGCAUGAUGACCAACGUGCUCGCGGGCUCGUACCCGGAUGUGUUCGAGGCCGGCAGCGCCUACAGCGGCACGGCCCAUGCGUGCUUCUUCGGCGCCGCGGGCGCCACGCCCUUUGCUCCCAACCAGACUUGCGCCCAGGGGCUCACGCACACCCCUCAGCAGUGGGGGAACUUUGUGCGUAACUCGUACCCGGGCUACACAGGCCGCCGCCCGCGCAUGCAGAUCUGGCACGGCAACGCGGACGCCCUGGUGCGCCCCCAGUGCGCCCACGAGGCCCUCAAGCAGUGGUCCGACGUCCUGGGCCUGUCCAUCACCCGCAACACGACGGGGACGCCCUCGGCCGCUUACACCCAGGUUACGUACGGCGACGGCACCAAGCUGGUCGGCUACUUUGGCCAGGGCGUCGGCCACACGGCACCUGUCAACGAGCAGCUGAUGCUGAGGUUCUUUGGCCUCAUCCAGUAAGGUGGCUGGGUAUUGACUGGUUCACAUUGCUGGGAUUAUCGCGAAAGUAUAAAAGGUAUAUACUUGCCCUCUCUGUGGCGACGGCCAGGUUUAGCUGGAGGUCGCGGCCAUGCACAUAGCCUUACCCGUAUAGUGUGCCUUCUUGUCACUCGUUGAGCUGGAUUCGGGUUACUUUGGUGUGUUUCUGUUGUGUCUCGCAAGAAGAUCAAUUUGACGAACCUGGAUUGGAGCCUGGAUGUGGUCACGUUGCCCAGUUGCUUCCCGCAAUUCCGCCCUGUGACACCCCAGCAUUUCCCCGCAUGUUGGUGCCUGCCUGGACGCCUGGACCCGAC